AUGUCUUGGAAUGGCAGCUGCAGAUUGGUCCAGUACUUGGAGCACCUGACAGAUGAAGAGAUGAAGAAAUUCAAGUUGUUCCUUUCAGACUCUCUUCCCCGAGGACGCAUGGAAAAUGCUGGUCGGACAGACAUGGCCACGUUAAUGGUUGACCAUCAUGGACAGCAGGAAGCAUGGGACAUGGCUGUCAGUAUCUGGGAGAAGAUGGGUCUAACAGAACUGUGGAAGCGAGCUAGGACAGAAGACUCAUUGAUUUGUAAAGACCCGUUAAUACUAGCUGUUUCAGCAGAAAGACAAAAGUACAGAAGGCGAAUGAGAGAGAAGUUCCAGUUGCUGAGGGAUAGGAACUCUCGUCCUGGAGAACAUGCAAACUUACACCACAGAUUCACACGGCUGCUUCUUCUCCAGGACCAUCGUCACAAGGAACAGAAAGAGCAUGAGCUCCUGGCCAGCGGAUGGCAACAUGCUGAGAUAAUGAAGCAGAGAGGGCAGUUUUUAAUGGUGACAGCUUUAUUCGACCCUGAUGAGAAGACAGGAGUUCAUCCACGGACAGUUGUUCUUCAGGGGGCUGCUGGGAUUGGGAAAACAACCCUGGCCAGAAAGGUGAUGCUGGACUGGGCAGAGGGAAAUCUCUUCCAGGACAGGUUCCACUAUGUUUUCUAUAUUAGUUGCAGAGAAAUGAAUCAGUUGGUGAAAAGAGAAAUAAGUUUAGCAGAUUUGAUUGCUAAUGAUUGGCCUGGCUUAGAAGUUCCCAUAACUGAGAUCAUGUCCCGCCCAGAGCAAUUACUAUUCAUUGUUGAUGGUUUGGAUGAACUGAAAUUUCCCUGUGAUGAGCACAGGUAUGAUCUCUGUAGAGACUGGAGACGGCAGUGGCCAGUGCACAUCCUCCUGAGUAGUUUACUGAGGAAAGUCAUGCUUCCCGAAGCCUCCUUAUUAAUCACUGCAAGAUUCACUGCGCUGGGGAAAUUUAGUUCCCUAUUAGAGACUCCACGCCAUGUAGAGAUCCUGGGAUUCUCUGAGGAGGAGAGGAAGGAAUAUUUCUGUAGAUUUUUCAGAGAUGAAGAUUUAGCCCAGAGGGCUUUUAGUUUGAUAGAAGAUAAUGAAAUCCUGUUCACUAUGUGCUUUGUCCCCUUAGUGAGCUGGAUUGUCUGUACUUGUCUGAAACAACAGAUGGAGAGAGGACAAGAUCUGUCACAAGUUUCCCAAACUGCCACUGCCCUGUACAUAUGCUAUCUUUCCAACUUAUUCACCCCUGGUGAAAGAAUAUGUUCGAAUCAGACCUUGAGAGGUCUGUGCCAGUUGGCAGCUGAGGGAAUCUGGGGAAGGAAAAUCCUAUUUGAUGAAGAGGAUCUCAGGAGGCAUGGACUACAGGUAACUGACGUCUCUGCCUUCCUAGACAUGUACAUUUUUCAGAAAGACAGUGGCUGUGAAAACUACUACAGCUUCAUUCACUUGAGUUUCCAAGAAUUUUUUGCUGCUGUGUUCUACGCACUGUGGGGUGAGAAGGUGGGAAGCAAGAGUCCUGUUGCUGCCCACGCAGGGGUCAAAGGUGUUUUAGAAGAGUGCCAGGAGACUGACUCCAGUUUUGUGACACUAACUGUGCAUUUCUUGUUUGGCUUCUUGAGAGCAGAGACAGCAAGGAAGCUCGAGGAAAUAUUCAGUUGCCAGAUGUCACAGGAAAUAAAAUUAGAGUUACUGCAGUGGGUACAUUCAGAAAUUGAACGGUGCCAAAAGUCUUCCCUUCCUGGGCAAGUGCUAGAAUUAAUGGCCUUUUUAUAUGAGGCACAGGAUGAAGAGUUUUUAACAAUGGCAAUGCAUCACUUCCAGGAGAUUACUUUAAAUAUCCGUACCAAGAUACAAUUCUUAAUUUUAGCUUUUUGCCUUAAGCAUGGCCAUGAGGUAUGCAGAAUUCACCUGGAUAUAAACUACAGGAUUUCCUUAGCAUCAGUACAAUAUCUCCAUUCUUUCUCCCAUAGGCUGAGGCAUUGCCAUCUUUCUGCUUUUACCUGGAGAGAGCUAUUUUCUGUGGUCAGCAGGAAUCAGAAUCUUAGAGAGCUGGAUCUCAGUAGUAGUCACCUUGGAGAUUCAUCCAUGAUGAUACUUUGUUCAGAACUGAGAAAUCCGGAUUGCACACUGCAGAAACUCAGGUUGGAUAAUUGCCAUCUCACUGCUGCUUGUUGUCAGGAUCUCUCUUAUGCUCUUGAGAGCAACCGUCACCUGGAAAACCUGAAUUUAAGUGUUAAUUCUCUUGGAGAUGAUGGGAUGAAGCUGCUGUGUAAGGCCUUAGGAAACCAGGAUUGUAGCUUACAGGAACUAAGAAUGUUCUGGUGCGAUCUCACAGACACUUGUUGUAAGGAUCUAUCAUCAACUCUCAUUCAGAACCAGAACCUUUUGCAUCUGGACCUAGCAGCCAAUGCCCUGAAGGAUGAUGGAAUGAAGUUGUUGUGUGAGGCCUUGAAGCAUCCAUACUGUCAGCUUCAGAAUUUGGUGUUGUGGAAAUGUGAUCUCACCUCUGUUUCUUGUGAAUAUCUCUCCUUUGCUCUCAUCAGCAACCGAAGUCUGACCCAUUUGGAUCUGAGUGGUAAUAGCCUUGGUAACGAUGGGAUAAAGUUUCUAUGUGAGGCCUUGGGAAACCAGUGUUGUAGGAUAAAUUCACUGAUGUUAAGAAGUUGUGGUCUCACUGUUUCUGGCUGUCAGGAUCUCUCCACUGCUCUCAAGAGAAACAGAAGUGUGACCCAUUUGAAUCUGGCAGAUAAUGCCCUGGGGAAUCAUGGAGUCACUCUGCUCUGCGAGGCCCUGGGAUACCCAGACUGUCACCUAAAGGAACUGAAGUUGCAAUGUUGCUAUUUUUCUGAAGCUUGCUGUUGGGAUCUCUCCAUGGCUCUGAAGAGCAACCAAAAUUUAACUCAUCUGAACCUGGGGGGUAACACCUUGGGUAAUGAUGGAGUAAAACUUCUAUGUGAGGCCUUCAGGGAUCCAAGCUGCAGAUUGCAGGAAAUAAAGAUAUGGAGAUCCUAUUUCACUGUAGAAGGCUUUCUCCAUCUCUUUGAUGUACUCAAAAGUAACCACAACUUGACCCAUUUGAAUAUUGCUGGAAACACACUGGGAGAUUAUGAAGUGAAUCUAUUGUGUGAGGCUUUGAAACAUCCAAAUUGCAACCUGCAGAAGCUGACACUCAGCAGAUGGCAAUUAAGUGAAGAAGCCCAAAGAAUGCUGGAUGACAUAAGAGAGAGCCAUCCUCAUCUGACAAUUGAAUCUUCCAACUGAUUCAAUUCAGUAAGUGUUCAAAGAAUAAUUGAUGUGGACUAAGACCCAUGCUAGUUGCUACAGCAACAUUUGGAGAGAAAUCACUUUGCAGUAGUCUAAAU